AUGGGAACGCACGGCAACUCCUCGGGCUGGGGCUGCAUCAGCAGGAUGCUACACACGGGAGUGGAGGAAGAAUACCAGUUUUUCACCGCGGACUCCCUGCGCACGAGGUGGAAGGAUUGGGCUUGGGUCAAGGAGGGCGUCCUCGUGAAGUUCCGUUUCGGCGGCACCUGCGGCAAGGGCCGCGACCAGCGGGUCCAGUACCGCGCUAUCCACGUGGAGGCGCUGGGCGAGAACGAGACUCUCAAUUCAUCCCAGACCCCUGUGCUCAAGUUGCAGGAGGCGCUAGGCGAGAACGAGACGCUCACUUUGUCCCAGACUGCUACCCACUUUGGAGCGUUGGGCGAGAACAAGACCAUUUGCGCCGAUCAACUGUUGCAGGGCAGUACAAACUUUGGUUGGCGGGAGGUGAAGGCCCUGCUUGGCGACACCAAGCCAGAAGACCUCCUUGUCGCGUACAUUAUUUACAGGGAAAUGCUUCGCCUGGUGAAGAGGAGGACGAAGCAGCUUCCCGACGAUGUGACGAAGGAGGUGGAGGAGCGGCUCAAGGAUAGUGAUAAGCUGCCGGAGCGCCUGCGGCCGAAAAUUCUGGCCGCGCUGAAGAAGCGCUUCAAGCCCCUUGCCCUUACUCUGAAAGGCUGCGGCAAAAAUCGAGAGGCACAAAGUCUGCCCGAAAUCGUGCGAAAAACGCACUUUAUCAAUGUGUUCCACUACCACGAUGGACACAACAAAGAGCUCCGCCGACUGCACAAAAAUGUGCCCCUUCAAAGCAAAGUGGCCGUCGCUGCCAUCGCCUACUUCACGGGCGAUCGUACCUUCGUUGCGCGCCUGGUGCGUCUCGCGGGGGACGCCGCAGUCAGUGGCACGGUUGCCCCGCACUGCAACCUGCUGGCGUUCGCGAGACAUGCGGUGCUGGAGCAUUUGCACGAUCUGAGCUACGAGGGCGAGGGAGUGUUCCCCAGUCUCUUCCAUCGCCGGUUCCGCCCAUGCCUCCUAUGGGACAAUCGCUGGCGGCGCAUCAUGUCCUAUGGUCUGGAGGGAAUGUCUUUGCAGGAGGUGAAGCAGGAGUUGCUCAACUUGGCCCUCAAGUGUAUCCAGACCUACGCCCUGCCAGUGGCAUGUCAGAAGGACAUUUGCGAUGCCAGGAGCUACCGAAGAAAGCUGUAUACCGUGAUUUCCCGCUACAUGCACAAGGGCUCCUCUGAGAAGGGCUUCCACUCAAAGAACCUCGCGAACUCGCUGGAGCCCUUCUUCUUCAAGGCCGCCUGGUACGAGACCAAGGAGAGUGUCUGCAACGGACUCGGGCCUGGCUUCCGGCAGUUUGCCCACAUCAGGCAGGGCUACGGCAAGAGGAAGGACAUUCUCAACACCAAACAGUUGGACCGCGAGCUGGAUUACAUCACAAAAUACGUGAGGGACAGAUGGCCCUGGUCCUCAGAAGUGCGGAAGCGACAUGUCCAAGCUGUUUGUUGUGAAGUGCAAAAGUUGCUCUUCGUGCUCAAGUACGGAAGGCCGGCUUCCACGUUUUCGCGGCGGACCGCGCAGAUCACGAUGACCUCAUUGGCAGGGCUGGUGGCCAAAAAGCGGCCGGCAAGCAAGCGUGGCAGUCCUGGCAGGCCUGGCAGGCCACGUGGGUCCAACAAGGCCAAGAAGGUCCACCAGAUCCGGAGGAAGUCGACCUCGCUCGAUGAAGAAAGCCGGAAGGCAGACACAAGGGCGAGUGGAGGACUUGAAAAGAGCAUAGAAAUUUAUGUGCGAGGUUCCUCUCAGAAAUUGUUUGAUGGGGUGGGGUACAUUUGUUUUGGGUAA